AUGGAUCUGUUAAAGGGCAAAAUCACUCCUUUCCAAAGGAUAUGGCACCAAUGGAAGUCAUUGAAGAAUGUUCCAUUUAGAAAAAAAUGGUUUGUGGGGUAUGAUCUUGAUGGUAAUACAUAUUGGGAGUUUUCCAAUUACAACAAUCCAAGGGGAAGGUUAAGAAGAAUAGUUGAAUAUAGAGAAAAGAAGAGUAAUUUCACUGAUUAUAAGCUACCCCCAAUGUGGCUACAGUGGUUGAGGCAUACAAGACCCCAAAUGCCCACUUUACAACAGCUGCUUGCGGAAGAGCAAAGACAACAAGUCAUGAAGAUAUUAGCGCAAAGAGCUGAUAACAAAUGGAAGCAAGAAUCUGUGGUUGAGGAAGAUAAGAGAAUUAUGAGUGAGAAGAUGAAGAAUGUUCAUCAAGUUAUAGAAUCUCAGAAUAGGUCAGAACAGAAACCAAAGUCACCGUAUCAAGUUGAAGAAGAGUCGCCAAUACAAGCUGCGAAGAUCCAACCGAGGAGGUGA